UGAAUAUAAUUUGACAGGCACAAAAUUUAAAUAGAACAUAAACCUCAUUGGUUUUGAAUAAUGGUGCGAGAGGUCAAAGUUUGUUUCACUGAUUUUGAAUUUGGGUAAUUUUCCUUGUGUGUCCAAGAGAAAUGCUUCUUGUGGUAGUUUUGGUGUUACUAGGAUUUGCUGUUUCCUGUUUUACUGCAUUGGCAUUAUGGAUAGUGUACCUGCACCAUAGAUACUCACACAUUCCAGGACCCGAAAGGGACAGCUUUAUUUUGGGAAAUAUUCCGGCAAUAUAUAGAAGAGGGAUUGAUGGACCAUUUCUAGAUUUAGUUUGUCAUUGGUUUAAUGAGUUUGGUCCAGUUAUAUGUGUUUGGUUGGCAAUGGAACCUGUGGUUCUUUGUAAUGAUCCAGUCAUAAUCAAGGACCUUCUGGUAAACAAAGAUUACCCGAAAUGCAAGAGGACAUACACUUUGCUUCAGCAUAUGUUCAAAAUAAGAUCACUUGGAAAUGGACUGGUAACUGAACUUAACAAAGAAAAGUGGAAAGAGAGGAGGCAAAUAAUAAACCCAGCUUUCCAUCGAUUGUACCUGAAGUCUCUCAUUCCUAAAUUCAACAACAGUGCAGACGUUUUCGUAAAGAAAUUGCAGAAUCUAGCUGACGGCAAUUGCGUUGUAGAUAUGUCGCAAGAAUUCCAUCGAGUGACUCUUGACGUCAUUGCAAAGGCCGCGUUUGAUCUAAAUCUGAAUACACUGCUAGAUGACAACUCUGCCCUCUUCAAAGCUGCUGAUAUGGUAUUUGCAGGUUUCCAGUUUAAGCUUAUGAAUCCCUUAUAUAAGAUUGAUUUUAGGACAUAUGGCAGACAAAAAGAAUUUGAUGAAGGGACAAGAGUUGUUCGUCAGUAUGGUUCUAAAUGUGUCGCAGAAAGAAAAUACAUGUUGUCAAAAGGAGAGAAGCUUCCUAAUGACAUCAUGUCAUUGGUUGUCGAAAAAGCAGCUAGUGAUCCAAACAUCACUGAUGAGGACCUCAUUGACGAAUUCGUUACCUUUAUUAUUGCUGGACAAGAUACCACAGCGAGUCUCCUUUCGUUCCUGCUGUUUUCACUGCUGGAAAACCCUUCAGUGAUGAAGAGAUUAAAGGAUGAAAUUGACAUUGUGCUCCAUGACAACAAGGAUGUGACCUUUGAGGAUUUAGGAAAGAUGAAAUUCAUGGGUCAGUGCAUCAAGGAAACAUUGCGACUUUAUCCACCAGCAGCUAGUUUCAACAGGGUGACCCCAUGCAUAGAUAAAUACGGUGACUAUGAAAUACCCAAAGGAACUAUGACUAGCAUAUUUCUUUUUUCAAUGCACCGUGAUCCAAGGUAUUGGCCCAAGCCUGAGAUUUUCGACCCGGACAGAUGGGAAAGAGAUUCUGCUGAUAAUCCUGGCAUUACUAGCGCAUUCAUGCCAUUCAGCUCAGGACCAAGAAACUGCAUUGGAAGAUUAUUUGCAGAGUUUGAAGCCAAAAUAAUUCUAGCAAAACUCCUUCAAACAUUCCAAAUCACAUUGGUUCCUGGAACUAGACUUGAGGUUGGGGUAAGUGGCACACUCAGACCAAGAAAUGGAGUGCCAAUCACACUUAUGGGGAAACGACCAAUAGAAACAUAAAGAACAAAUGAUGUAGAGUUGCCCAAAAAUUUUGGAAAGAUUGAUGACAAUGACCGAUAUACGUCAAUGGAAUUAUUUUUUUAAUAAACAAAGUAUGAUGGUUUGAUAAGCAUUUGAGUCUUCAUGAAAACGGAACUUUUCUGCGAAUUAAAACAGUACGACUGACCCCUGAACCUCUGCUUGCGUAAAUGUGUUUUAAUUUUGAAUCCUGUGGCUUAUACACGUUAAUAAAGUUUAUCCAUAUGGCCCUUAAGAGGAGAGAGUUAACCAAGAAGUUCAUAGCAAAAUAGUGUAGCCUUAUUUAUUUAUGAGGCCAUUGCGUAAGUAAGAAAAGUUUGCGACGUUCACUUAGAAAACAAAACCACCUUUGUUCUUGAUGCCUCUAUUUACCUCGUCAUUAGAUGCCAUUCCCCCGAUUCUUCCCUCUACUUAAUUCAAUGUUGAUUUGGAGUGACCAAGUUAAAUUUCAAUAUAAUCACGCUCUUCAAACCAUCUUCCAAAAGAGAACAUCAGUUAGAUACCCUCUUUGUAAUGAAAGAUCCUUUUGCUUAUGUACUCGUUAUUAUAAAGUUAAAUCGUGGUUUUAUUUCCUUCAUUCGUUGGGAGUGCGUAUACAGUUAUUAUGUGUGAACAAUAAAAGGACGUGAAAAUGCAUAUAAACUAAAUUCUAAUGAGAAUGGUUCACCCCAACAGUUUCAAAGGGCAGUUGAUAAAUAAUGUAUGUAUGUACGUAUGUAUCUAGAAGAAUCAGAAGGAAAGAAGAACGAUAUUAGUUGUGAAUCAGAACACAAAAGAUUCGAAACGGGAGUUUGUCAAGGAUCCCUCCUGCCACCACUAUUGUCCAAGAGCUACACAGAAAGUAUGGUAAAAUAGUCUCUUGUUUAUGGUCAACAAUGUAUCACUGUCUGUAAACUGAGAGCUGUGACAGUCAGUUUUGUUGAUGAUAAACAAUAUACAGAAGAGAUUCAUUGCCUCCAAGAAAUUGUGGAUGAAGUACAUAGAAGAACAUUACAUAGAAGACCAAAUUAAAAGAAUUGAAAGGAUAAUAGAAAUAAAGACAUCCAAUGGAAAGUGAUGAAAGAAACAGAAUUCAAAAUUCAUAGUGAGCAUACUGAGCAAAGAUGGCAGAUGUACAACUUGAAUGUAAUCAAAAAUAGCAAUGGGAAAAAACAAAUUAACAGAAUUUGGAGGCAAUAAAUCUAUGGAAUAAAUCUGGGUCAGAAGAAGACAGCCAACGGUCAGUGCAUAAGUGUGGAGAUGGGUGAGAUGUUGUUUUAGAGACAUUUCAAGACCAUAGAGAGAGAGAGAGAAUCUGACAAAUAAAUCUUUCUAAGUGUCAAGGGAAUAUUACCAUCUUGAUAUUAUUAAACAAUAUACUUAGAUAUUACAAUAGAUGAAAUAACAGCUAAACCCACAAUCUCAGAAGACAACAUGAUUUAGUUUUAGGAACUGGACAAAAAAAUAAUGAAGGCAAUUAACAAAAAACAGUGCUGUCAGAACAAAAUUCAUAUUGGGGGGGGGGGCUGUCCAUUGUAUUCCUUCUCAUUCAGUACACUGUUAUAAAUGAAAUAUAUAUACUACAGUUUGACAAUUAUUGGGGGCUCCAGCCCUUCCAUCCCCCCUCCAGUUCCUAAGGCCCUGAAAAAUUAUGUCAAUGGUUAAUGCUUACUUCUAACUUUUUGAUAAGAAUACUAAAAUUAAAGAUUAAGUAUCAUAAUUGACUUUUCUAGAAGUCAAAAGUUGAAAAAAAACAAGUAGUAGUAAAAUGUUACAUCAAAAACAUGACAUUCAUAAGAAUGCCACUCCAAGGAACUGCUUACAGCUAAUCUUUACCAUUAGAUUCCCUUUGAUAGUUCAAGUAUAAAGAUAAAGUUGCUUUUGCACAUGGAGUCAUUUCACCAAGUUCAGUCUUGAGCCUUUCUGAUGACAUUGUUAGGAGAUCCUAAAAAAAGUUUUUUUGUAUAUUAUUUCAAAAAUUUGGAAAAAACAAGAAUGGAAUAAACAAUUGUGUAAUUAAAUUACCAAUUUGCAUAAAUAACCAAUAAAAGUGCAGAGUAAAACUUAUAACUUGGCUAGUUAACAUUAGCAUACUGGUCAUAUGUACAGUGACAACUGCCUGAAAUCUAAUUAUAUCUCUGUACAUUAUUAAGCCAAUGAAAUUGUCACUUUUGCUACUAAAAUAUAUGCCAAAAUAUAUUAAAUAUAUCUGAUGUCUUCAUAAAAAAGAAAAAGAAUAUGCAAUCAUAAUAAUUUGAAUUAGCCCUGGGCAUUUAGAAAUUUUAUGAGCUUGGGUGCUUAUUCAAAUUAUCCAUGUAGAAUUUAUUAGAGCUGAAUUAUGAGGCAAAAAUAACUCCAAAUACUGGAAACUGGUUCACUAAACAUCAAACAUAAUGAUUUUCCUGGUCAGAUGUUGUUCAAGACAGAAAACUGACAAGAAAAAAAAAGAAUUUUAAAGGACAAUCAAGAUUUUUUUCACCUCCUUUUUGAUGAACAGGGUUCUUGUACUUUCAUAUGCCUCAGGCCCACCCUUGUCAAACAGCCUUUGGAUUUCAUCUUUUCCCAAGGUACAUCUAAGAAAAAAUAUAAUAAAUGCAUUUCUGAUAGUGUACAAGUUUACAAAUACCGUAAUGCCUCGAACAAGCGCCCCCCUCAAAUAAAAGCCCCCCCCCCCUCGAAUAAGCGCCCAUCCAAGAUGUGAAGUUAUUGAAUAGGUGCCCCCCCUCGAAUAAGCGCCCACCCCUUGAAUAAGAGCCCAUCCUUCAACCUUCAGAAACGGUGCUUAUUCGAAUUUUCAACAAAAGCAUAAUUGGAAGGCAAUUCAACAAGAAAGAUUAAUGAACAAACACAAUUUGCACCCAAAUCUACUUUUUAAAUAAGCGCCCCCCUCGAUAAAGCGCCUUCCUUGAAUAAGCGCCCAUCCUGGAGCCUCAAAAAUUAAAUAAGGGCCCUGGUGCUUAUUUGAGGCAUUAUGGUAUAAAGAAUUGCAAAUGAUCACAUUAGAAAAUACUAUUGAAGGCAUUGAGUCAUGUUAAAAUGGAUUGGGUAUACCCUAAGUGCCAAAAUCUGCUGAGUCCUGAUUUUCAUGACUGCGAAGCUAUUGGUUGACCUGGAACUGGUCACAUGAACUCACCUUGUACUGAUUGCCAAAACAAUUUCCACCAAUAGCAAGUUGUCAACAAAUGAUGCAAAUAUCAUACGAAACAGCAGUGAUCACACCAAAACCAAAUAGAAGGCCUAUUUACCAUGACUCAAUGCCUUUAACAUAAGACUAUAAAAACAGUAACAUAUAAUGUGCUCAUGAACAAAAAAAUAUCAAAAACUACUUUUCUUACUCAAUAAUGAAUGCUGCAUGAGGCUUGCCUCCAUUGGUAAUAUUUCUAAGAAACCCAAGGAGAACUGGCCAUGACAAGUGGUCUUCAGGUAUAUUUAUCUAAAAUUGUAAAACAUAAAUUGAUAGUCAGACAUAACAUAAAAUGACAUAACAAUCAGCUUUUGUUCAUUAUGAGUCUAAUUUCAAUUCACUGCAUAUCAAUAACCUACAAGCUUCUUUAUUCACAUUUCAGCUUAGGUCAUUGUCAACUUUUAAAGUAUAUAACAUUGCACCAAAUACUUACCUCAUCUCUUACUUCUCGUACCAUGGAAUAAAAUACCUCAUGCAAUACAUCUUCACUUUUUAUAAGGGAUAAAUCUAUCUCCUCACAUCCAAUCUUCUUUGCCAUUUCCUAGAAUAUGUUAUGAUAGACAGUUGAUAUUUUCAAUCAAAUGUUAAUACAUUGGAAAUGCCCAUGCUGGGGAACAAUACAGCUAUUUUGAUCAGAAGGGGCAAUCAGAUUUGCAAAUUAUUGGAAAAGCUGACGACUUAAACUGAAAUUUGAAGUUGCAUCAAUAGUCAAAAAUGGAAAUGAAAAGAAAAUAUUAUUUUUGCAUGCAAUAUGAUUAGCAGUUGAAAUGAAUGACCCAAAUUUUGGCCAAAAUGGCUGCAAAGUGCCAAAUUUCACUUGGGGAUAUUCAAUCUUGAGUUAAUUCAAAUUUGAAUAACCAUUAAUAUUGUUUUUACUUUGAAGUGUCAUGUGACAUCAUGAAAGUAUAGAAAUAUGAAUAAAUUUUAUCAAGGUUGGGUCCAGCUACUAUAAUUCUUUUCACAUUGAUCAUUUUCUGAAAAAAUUUCCAAUUAUUCUUCUUAAAGACAGUCUGUCCCCUCGAUUAUUGGCUAAUUCUAACUUAAAAGCCUCUUGAGGUCAAAACAAAAUUCACAGCAACUCACUCAGUGAGAGUACCCUGUGGUUCUUCGUUCUGACUGUUUAUUUGUUCAUUAAACCAACCAUGCAUAAGUAUCGUGGCCAUGAAAAGAGAUUCUGAGAACCAUGGGGGACAGACUGCCUUAAAAUGAGUAAAAAUAUACCAUUGGCUCCGCGUGGCCACCGGGAAAAUCAAUCUUGCCUUUUCCUUCAGCAACUUCUAGGCUCCUUUCUACGAAUAGAAAGUAAUUAUCUGCAGUGACAAGCAUUGAUCCUACACCGAGUGCGUCGGAUAAGCAAGCGUGCUUGUUACCAAAGGUUGCUUCACCAAAUUCUAAAAAUGAAGACACGUCUUGGCCUAAAUUUGUUCCCACGUGAUCUUUGUAGUCUGUUAAUCCAACUUCUACUAUAACUUCAUCACCUAUCAAUUUAACGUCAUUAAUUCGAAAUUUUCUUCCAUUGUAUAGCUUAUCUCCCAGAUCUUCUUUAAAAAGAGCCCAGUUCUUCUCUAUUAAAUGCUCAAUAGGCGGGGCCUUUUUCCUGUUAUAGUCUGGUGAACAUUCUGCUCGGAAACUGAUGCGAUUGUUGGCUCUUGAUUCUGAUGCAUGGCUGUAGAGAAUACGACAGCCAUGAUCGAGACAAUAUUCUUCCAUGAUUUAUUCUUUCAAAAAUCUUGUAUCAUUCUUUAAAACGUCAAAAGAAAAUAGAGAUUCAUCAACUCUUAUUUCAGAUUUAAAAUGAAAUGCUGCAACGCCACUCUUCGUGUCACCAAAGUACUUCAUGUAACACAAACAUUUUUCUAACUUUUAUUUAGGAAUAAUAUUUUGGAAUGUUUUUAAGUAUAGUCUGCUUUCAAAACUAAUGCUAUGAAAUUUUCUGUUUUUCAGUUCCGCUUGCUUCGAAGAAAGAUGAUGGAGUUUGAGUUCUUCGAAUUUUGGCAAUUAUACAAUAUAACCUCGUAUUCAUAUUAGUCAAACUUUCUUCUUCCGGCUUGUUUUUCCGUCACGCGCUGUACCGCAGCAUGCGCGGUUGCUUAUUUAAGAUGAAAGGUCGCAGUUAGAAGCUGCCAAAGUCAAGGUUGCCGAAAUUCAGAAAAAAGGUUGCCGUCAUGUCAACCCUCUACGGUUUGCUUCUUGGGCUGCUGGCAGUCUACCUUCAUUUCUUCGCGCCAAUUUUUGGAUACAGCUGUGUUUACACAUACUGUGAUUCUAAUUCUUACUGUUGUGGUGAAGAACAAUGUUGCUAUGACUAUGGCUCAAUUUGGUAUGCAUGGGUACUCAUUGUCUUUGUCAUCGCUUUCUGCUGUAUUUGUGGCUGUUGUUACCGUAAAAGGAGAGCUGCUGUUGUCGUCAGUAAUCCUGUUGUCCCGCAAAGACAAACUACAACUAUAGUAGUCAACACACAGCAACACAUGGCUGGACACCACAAUCAAGGAUAUUAUGGUGCUGCAGGUGGUAGCCAUAUUCCACAAGGUCAACCAUAUUAUCCUCCGAAUCAAGGCCAGCCACCCAAGUAUAUGGAUGCACCACCUAUGUACCAACCUGAAGGGUACCAAGGAGGAUACCAAGCACCACCACCCCAGUAUCAAGGGGCCCCGGCCCAACAACCACAGACAAAGGUUCCGAAUGCACCUCCUCAAUGGCACUGACAUUUGACACAUCAGUUUAUGAAAAGAGCAGCAUUGCAUUUAUAAAUAAUUUGAACAAUGUAGAACUUUGACUUCAGUCUCAAAAUUCUAUUGUUGAUAGAUCUUUAUUUUCAAAUACAUUUUCUAGCAAACAAUUCCUGUUAAAAGCAGUUCAUUUAUUGCCAGUGUGAAACCCCUAAAAUACUUAUGAAGCUCACUUUUCAGUGUAAAACCUAUGCACAAAUUCUUGUCCAUAUUUUUUUAAUGAUCUCUGGUACCCUAUUUUCUCUAGUACUUCAAUGUGGUAAUAGAUUAUGGAUGCAGUUGGUUUUCAUAUGCUUGGAUCAUACCUUUUUUUAUAAUAAACCAGUAACAAGGUCUAUGAUUCAUAUUUUGUGUUUUAUCUGUUCCAACCUGAAAGCAGUAUAUCUACAGUAAUUCAAGUUGUUAACAGGGUUGAGAAAGUCCAUACAUUUUAGAUCAUAUAUUUUUCGUCUUUAAGAAUAGAAUGAUGCAUUGUCUCCUUCAUUUUUUUAAAUUUCUUUUUGCUAACUUGCUGCUGAAAAGUAUACAGUGGAGACAUUCUGUGGUAAGUCUUACAAAAUAUAUUGAAGUUCUAAUGAAAGAGCAUUUGGUGCCUUGUCUGGAGGUCUUGUGGCCCCUUGCUUUUGUCCACCUUCUCACAUUUAACCAGCCAAAUCUUAGCUUUAUACUCAAAUAACUGCUAUCCGGUUGGAAUUCCUUACCCAUUUUAAGCAGAAACUUGAUUGAAAAUGAAAGUUGAUUUUUCUUUUUAAAAAUGAUGGAAUACAAUUUAAUAAGUUAAUUA